AUGGUGUGCGCUCCAGAGAGGAUGACCAGGUCCUCCACGUCAAGGCCCUUGACGACAAAGCUGUCCACGAGGUCGCUGAGGUUGGAUGCGGGCGGGGCGAGGAACUUGAGCGGCUCGGAGGCGUUGGAGAAGGUGCCGUCGCGGCGGCCGGAUGGCACCUCGAAGUCCACCUUGCCGGCGCUGAGGAUGCAGGACGCGUCGCGGGCCGAAAAGGCGAUGAUGUCGGCGCAUGAGACAACGUCUGGGCAGGCCGCCUCGAGGGCAUCCUUGAUGGUGUCGAUCAGCUCGAAGCCGCGCAGGGAGGGGUUGUUGGGCGGGCUGAGCUUCUCUGGCAUCGGGCUGAACGGGGUCGGGUCCAGGAGGACCGAAGCAUCACAACCCUAG